AAGGUUGACGUGAAAUUUGCCAUUUUCCGCUUUUACAUCUCGGAUGACUUCGCGAUAUUAAGGCUCGGUACUAAUAGUCCUUGCUUGAAAUUUGUGAGACAUUCAGGUCUAAAUUUCAAGUCCAUCCACUGCCACCCACUAUAUGUAACAACGUACAAUCUCAGCAAUCAACCAAAAAUGUCGAACAUGUAUCGCGAUAGUAAUUGUGUAGUGACGGAGUGUACUACUACGCUCAUGGAAAUAAAAGAAUGACUGUCGUGCAACAGUUUGCCGUGAAAGAGAACGCACGCGUGAAAGAGAAGAGGAUGCCUGAAAUCAUGGCAGAGGCAUUCGCGAGAGGACUGGUGGACAAGAUAAUGGUGGAAGUUCUGAACGUCAUAGACCGCGACACACAAAACGGAAAAUCCUGGGAACAGCGUGUCGACGAGGAAACAAACGAUGGCCAGUCGGAGCUCGUGCACGAAAGAUCGCAGGAACACGCAUGUAAACUCACCAACUGCGCCAAAACCGAAGAAAUGGAGUUGAUCGCGCAGAUUGUUCGCGAUCUCCGCGACAUACAGAUCGGAGAUUCGUGUUACGUGCUACCGCCGUCAUUGUUAGCACUGGGGAAACAGGUGAAAUACCCCACGUGCAACAUCGACGACGCACUGCGCGCGAGCCCAGCUGACGUUGUCGAGACGCGCGCGAGUCAGGGUCAAGGCGACACACACCAGGUCGUACACACGGCGGUCCUCGAGUCAGCGAGUGAACAGACGGAGUCGGCGGGAACUGUCCGUAAGAAGAAGGAAAACGAAACCAUUAGAGAAGCGGCCAACGUGUCUGUCGGCCUGCUGCAUCAGCUGAUCGAGGAAUUGGAGAACAAGUCGGUUUCGGUCGAAAGCUCCAAAAAUGUAAUAGCUUCCUCCACGUCGGUCGGCAAGGAGCAUCUCGUCACUUGGGAGGAGAAAGAGGAACAGCUGAUCAGAACCAUCGAACGUCCCGACAAUCCGCUCGAGACGACGGAUAUCCUUCGAGCGAGCGAAUCAGCUAGCUGCUUCCGCGACGUCGAACUGAAGCCGCACGAAGGUGAACCGGAUGGUGAACUUAGGUCUCGCUCCAGCCAGCACGUGGCGUCCACCUCGAGAGAAAGCUGCCCUCAGAUCGAAAGGUACGACUCGAGCCCGCUGUCGCCGUCGAAAUCGCGGCGCGACAACGUCGCGAUGAUGGAGGAAAUCAUAGAGGAUGUCGAGACGCGAAAGGCAUCUGGCGAAGCGACGUUGACGGCUACUGCGAAGAAGAUGAAGAAGAAAGGCCUCGGCGGAAGGCUGAGAAGAUUCUUCCGCACCGCCUUUGGCCGGAAGAACUGAUCCCGAGGAUGCAAGAACCAUCACCUCGCUCAAUCUAGC